UUAUGGACAACAGAGACGACGGCCCAGUGCUGAAAUAAAACCAGCGGCGUUUGAGUCGAACGGCGCAUUCACCGAGUGCAGAGACAGACGGAGGGACCUGAACGCACCUGGACACACCUGAACGCACCUGAACUCACCUGAACACAGCUACACAGACAUGGAAGACGACGUCGCCGCCCUCGUCGUUGAUAACGGCUCUGGUAUGUGUAAGGCGGGGUUCGCCGGAGACGACGCCCCCCGUGCCGUCUUCCCCUCCAUCGUGGGUCGGCCCAGGCACCAGGGUGUGAUGGUGGGGAUGGGCCAGAAGGACAGCUACGUAGGAGACGAGGCCCAGAGCAAGAGGGGGAUCCUGACCCUCAAGUACCCCAUCGAACACGGCAUCGUCACCAACUGGGACGACAUGGAGAAGAUCUGGCAUCACACCUUCUACAACGAACUGCGAGUGGCCCCUGAGGAGCAUCCAGUCCUGCUGACCGAAGCUCCACUCAACCCCAAAGCCAACAGAGAGAAGAUGACCCAGAUCAUGUUUGAGACCUUCAACACUCCUGCCAUGUACGUGGCCAUCCAGGCCGUCCUGUCGCUGUACGCCUCCGGGAGAACCACAGGUAUCGUUCUGGACUCCGGUGACGGUGUGAGCCACACCGUUCCCAUCUACGAAGGCUACGCUCUGCCUCAUGCCAUCCUACGUCUGGACCUGGCAGGCAGAGACCUGACCGACUACCUGAUGAAGAUCCUGACCGAGCGAGGAUACAGCUUCACCACCACAGCCGAGCGCGAGAUCGUCCGUGACAUCAAGGAGAAGCUGUGCUACGUGGCUCUGGACUUCGAACAGGAGAUGCAGACAGCGGCAUCAUCGUCUUCUCUGGAGAAGAGCUACGAACUGCCUGAUGGACAGGUCAUCACCAUCGGCAACGAGAGGUUCCGCUGCCCCGAGGCGCUGUUCCAGCCCUCCUUCCUGGGAAUGGAGUCUGCCGGCAUCCACGAGACCACCUACAACAGCAUCAUGAAGUGUGACGUGGACAUCCGCAAAGACCUGUACGCCAACACCGUCCUGUCCGGUGGAACCACCAUGUACCCGGGCAUCGCAGACCGCAUGCAGAAGGAGAUCACCGCCCUGGCCCCGCCCACCAUGAAGAUCAAGAUCAUCGCUCCCCCAGAGAGGAAGUACUCGGUGUGGAUCGGCGGCUCCAUCCUGGCCUCCUUGACCACCUUCCAGCAGAUGUGGAUCAGUAAGCAGGAGUACGACGAGUCCGGCCCCUCCAUCGUCCACCGCAAGUGUUUCUAAACCCACGGCGUCCACCCGGCCCUCCAGCGGUCCACCCGGCCCUCCAGCGGUCCAUCCGGCCCUCCGACGGUCCGGCGGUCCAUCCGGCCCUCCGACGGUCCACCCAGCCCUCCGACGGUCCACCCGGCCCUCCGGCGGUCCAUCCGGCCCUCCAGCGGUCCACCUGGCCCUCCGACGGCCCGUCCAACCAAGACGCUGAAUCCACAAAGACCGAUCAGUGACUGUUGCGUUGUAAUGCUGGAGACCCUCAACGACUAAACCUGAACCACAAACGGCUUCUGUCCCGCUGAUCCGAUCCUGAUGGUCCAAUCAGAACCCAGUAUUAUCACUCAGCCUUUUGUACCGCCUCCUCCCCUCCAGCUGUUUCUGUCUUAAUGUAAACACCAGCAGGUUUCACUUUUCAUCGGUGGACCCCAGGUUCAUUAGUACCACUCAUCAAACUCUUCAAUAAAACACCCAGUUGCCAUGGUUA